CAUCAACAUUUUCAGCUAUGGAGUUGAGUUCAGUGAUUUUAACGACUGGGGGCUCCUUCGGUUUCUUCAGACUUGUCAACGCUGGUGUGAGUAAACUCCCCAUGCCUGAAAGUGCCUGCAGGAACGCGUGGAAAUGGAGAAACAUCUCUACAUCCUUUGUGCACAGUUUUAUCACUGCGAUAUGGGCAGUGCUCUGCUUUUUCCUACACCCACGGAUGGCCGAAGACUUGAUAGAGACUCACUCUGUGUUUUCUCAUGCGUUGGUGUCGUUUUCAAUCGGUUAUUUCAUCUACGACUUCUUUGACAUGGUGCUGAACCAGAAGCUGAGUCAGUCCUGGGAGCUUCUCUUUCAUCAUGUUGUGGUGAUCACCUGUUUCGGCCUCUCAGUGCUGUCGUGCCGCUAUGUGGGCUUUUCCGUGGUGGCCCUGUUGGUGGAGAUAAACUCGGUGUUCCUUCACCUCAGGCAGACCCUGCGCAUGGCCAGCCUCGCCGCGGGCACCCUGUACCGGGUCAACAGCAUGAUCAACCUGGGCACAUACGUGGUGUUCCGCAUCAACACGCUGGCCUGGAUGACCCGCUGGCUGGUGCUCAACAGAGACAACGUUCCCCUCCUGGCCUAUACGCUGGGCAGCGUGGGUUUGGCCAUCAUGACGGCCAUGAAUAUUGUCCUGUUUUAUCGACUGCUCAGGAGCGACUUCCUGAAGAGCAGCACCCGGGAGGGCAAGAAGGAGAAAGAGAUGUAGGGAGGAGAGAAGGAUUAGAGUCAUCAACACUCUCAUUACUGUAUGUUUCCACCCUGUGGCCAAGAUUUGGUACCUGUGAUUUGUUUUUUGUCUUUGUUUUUUUUUGUGUAAUAUACUCAAAGCUGAGAGAUGGAGGGAUCAGUCUGUCAUUC